AUGCAAUCUGCACUUGUUUUGCUUUCCAUUUCAUUUCAUUCUUCCUUCCUUUUUAUUUAUUUACUUUAUUAUUUUGUUAUUUUUUCUUCAGUUUUUCAUUUUAAUUUCCUUCUUACUUUCUUUCUUUUUUCUUUUUGUUAUAAAAUUUCCUUCUUAAAAUCUUCGCUCAAUUCUUUAUUUCUAACUCUUUCUCUACGUCACGUGUCUCCUUUUUUUUUUCCUUUUGCCUUUUUUUCAUUCUUUCGACUUCCCCGCUUUUCUUUUGAAAUCAUCUCAGUUCAUUCGUUCCUUCCUUCCCCUUCCCUCUCUUCCUUCUUUCGUUUCUUCUUUCUUUUUGCCUUCAAACUUCUUCUCUUCCUCCUUUUCCUUCUUUUUUCCUUCCUUCCUUCCUAUUUUCUAUCCUCCCUUGAUUUCUUUUUCCUUUCUUUCCUUUCCUCUUCCUUUCUUUCUCUUCCUUCCCACUUCCUCCCUCCCAAUACUAUCUACCUUCCUUUAUUCUGUAUUCAUUCAUUCCUCCCUCCCUCCCUCUUGCUUCAUUCUCCCUCCCUCCCUCUUGCUUCAUUCUCCCUCCCGCCCUCCUUUUCCCUUCCUUCUUUCCUUCCUACCUUCUUUCCUUCCUACCUUCUUUCCUCCGUCCAUUUAUUUUUCCUUUCUUUCCUUCCUUCCUCCUUUUUCUCUUCCUUCACCUCUCUUUCUUAUUUCCUUCCUUCCUUCCUUCCUUCCUUCCUUCCUUCCUUCCUUCCUUCCCUUUCUCUUCCUUCCCUUUCUCUUCCUUCACCUCUCUUUCUUAUUUCCUUCCUUCCUUCCUUCCUUCCUUCCUUUUCUCUUCCUUCACCUCUCUUUCUUAUUUCCUUCCUUCCUCUUUCCUUCCUUCCUUCCUUCCUUCCUUCCUUCCUAAUUUUCUUCUUUCCUUCUUCUCUCUUCCUUCCUUCAAACUUCCUCACUCUCUUCUUUUCUCUCCCUUUCUUCUUUCACUCCCUCCCUUCCUUCUUUUCUUUCUCUCUUCCUUCUUGCACAUUUCUCUGA